ACAGGGUUGCUCCUGUUUCAGAGAAUAUAAAAGUAUGUCGGGAAAACUUUAUAAAUACCAAAGAUUGUAAGAAUAUCACGAUGUGAGGGAUGUGAGACCGCGCAAAGAUGUACAGGGAACUCUUGACGUUCAUUGCCCUGAUUUGUAUAAAUGUUCUUGGUUUUAGGGUCACAGGUGUGGCAAUUGGAAAUCCUCGUCGGUCUUCCUACUGGGAUCCGUCAAGGUUCGUUCCUCUCAGCCACCUAAUGCCAGGUGGUCAAGGCGUGACAUAUCUGAGCGACCUCACCCAGAAUUUAGCGGACGAUAUGAGCUCUCAGAUAGCACUCGGUGGCCAACAGGUUAGCGCUGUUGGGCAAGCGAUUGAGAACCAUGAAGAUGCUAAAAGUGAAGAGAUUCAGCACGUGUCUGAUAUUGUAGACUCGAAUUAUAAAUCAACGGCUGUGGAUAAUGAAGAGGAAGAACAAGAAAUAAAUGAAGGAGAUGGAUAUGAGGAAAAUGAGGCCGAAUACUGAUAGGGYUUGCUUGCAUGGAAGCUGUCAGCCACUUGGUUGCGCACGCAUUUACUCUGGGUUAGCCUAAUUCCAGCGUCAAAAUAUUUAAAAACAAAAGGUUGAGUCAAGAGUGAAUUACGUAAAACAAUAAUGUUUUAAAAUUUCACGGACUUUCACUGGAAUGCAUGAAUACACAAAAAAGCCAGGCUAAUCCUGAGCAACAGAGAGCUCGUAACUAGAGUGUACCAUAGGUUUUCGAAAACUGUCACAAACACAAGAGACUUGGGGACAGGUUUAUUUGCGGAUUGUUGUGGUAGUAGGGUCUGAUGAGUAUCUAUAAUAUACAUAUUGUACAUAUACUACUGAGAUACGUUGCCUAAAAUAUGAAAACAGCAGACCCUCAACCUGGCAACUGUCUUGUUGAAAAAUGUGGAUUUUUUGUCUCUUAAUGGCGUCCAUGCAGCUUUCCUAUGUAUUUACAGAUAAAUACAAUUAACAAGUAAGAAGUUUGAGUGAACAAAAUUAUGAUUUAUGGCAAACUUUAAUGAAAUAUUCUUUUCUUGCGAACGCAGUUUUAAUGACCUUUUUCAGUCUGUACUAUUUUAAAAAUACUUAAUUUUAAAUUUUGAAGAAGUCAAGCCUUUAUCUAUAAAUUAUUAUAGAAUGUAUUCUAUUCGAGUCGUUAAAUGUUAUUCUCAUUACGAAGAUCGGUCUUGUGAACAUACCAAGUCAGUAUUGAAAUGUUGUUCCAUAUCUGACCAUCGGUCAUUUCCUUGAUUAUACUAGAGUAUCUGUGGAACAGUAUAUGAUCGCGUGCAUACCGCAUAUCCAUGAAAAACUUUGUAAUAAAAUGGAACAAAUUUGCACAAU